AUGGUGUUACAUAUUAUGUGGCACGAAUUUGACAUGAUGGGAGAAAACGACGACGACAACAGUGAGUUGAGUGAACACAGAUUCUUAACAAAGGGCGCAUUUCUACUAACUCCAUCUCACGAUCUAAGUUUAGAUAAAGCAGCCAACAUUUGCGACAAAUUAAACUUUCGCGGAAGUUUCAGUUUGACGAAAACAGCUACUGGCAUAUUGUUCAAAUUUUCUGAGCCCGAGGACUAUCAGCAAGUUUUCAGAAAGGGAUUUCAUAAGGUAACCGGUGGCAGAUUAUAUAGAAAAGUGGCCAUUCCUUGCAGACCUCAAAAAACAUUUUCCUUAGUCGUCUUUGAAGUACCAUCCGAUCUUCCCGAAGACGACAUUCGAGCAAGUCUAUACAGAUACUGCUCCGUGGUUGAAGUUACUAGACUUCCGGUUAGAUUGGAUCAAUCUCCGGGAGCUCCACCUCCGAUUCGUAUAACUGUCGCUUCAUUGGACGAAUACAACGCCCUCUUACAACAAGGUCUUGAUUUUUACGGCGCCACGUACUUUCCAACGGAACCACUGAAAAAGGAUCAGCUAAAUCAACUUAGGGGAAGUAAGGAGAAGUUGCUUCCGGUUUUCGAUUCGGCAGGAUUUACAAGAAUUCCUCCACCACCGACGAGAACGCUGAAGCCUAUACGGUCAUGAAAAUUACAGAAAAUCUGGCUGGUCGAACUCGUAUAUAAGAAUGUUAAUAAGAAAUAAAGAAAUUUGAAGAGAUAUGACAACGCUUUAUAUAUAAUUAUUUUUGUGAAAAUAGAAGUUGUCAUAUUUCUACAGAUUUCUAUGUUUUAAAGAAAUUUUGCAUAUAAAAAUGAGGUAAUGGUAGCAGUUUUACGAUUUUAAAAUUUGAGGUAACGAUCGAUUUGGGUAUAACGACUAAUUCGAAUAAUUUAGUUUUGAUUGUUAAUUAUUUUUGUACAAAAAACAUGCGAAUUUAAUUAGAGUUUAGUACCUUUAAUUUGAUGAUGUAUUAAUGCACAUUUUAAAUUUUUGCAAAUAAAUAAUUUGAUG